CCUCCAACUGCACCCCAACCUAUCGAGUCACGACUUUGCAGCUGUGCACCUGAAGUUUCUCCGGGUCUUGCGCGCACAUUUGCGCCGGCCCUCUUACGUGCAACGGCUACAUUCCGCAGCUGCCUGCCUGCCUGACCUCACCGCUGGCCGCAGCUUCCCCAGACCCCAGCGACUACCUGCUCCACCCCGCUUUCGCACCCACAACACCUACCACCAUGUCGGGCGCAGUCGCGACAGCUCGGCCUACCCAGGCUCUGCGCGUGCGCCGCGAGUCUCAGCGCCCUGGUGUUGCGCGCGUCGUCACCAAGACCAACAACAUGGAGAACGACAGCGCGAAGCCAGAGCCCAAGCUCUAUGUCUACACACAAGAGGCUAUCCUUGCCAGGCACCGCGGCAAGCUGCCCUCGAUGCGCGUCCACCUCUUCCCCAACCACUUUCGCAUCAACGACUCGCAGGAGACGCUGACGUACGCCUCGCCCAUGAGGGAGAUCCUCACCGCCCUGCGCGACAAGAAGCUCCCUCACAACAUGCUUGAGGAGCUCUACGCCAAUGGCACACCUUUCUACGACGGCUGCCUGAUCGUCGAAGUCCACAACUACCGCAACAACACCGCCAAACCCAAGGACAGUGCAAACGGCGCAGGCGAUGGCAGCAAGACAGCCUUCUCGAUUCACAACAACAACAACUUCAUCACUCCGUCCCCUUACGGGACCCACCCGAACAGCAAGCCUAACCCCAAAGCCAACGGAGCCGCAGCACAGGCCAAAGAGGCCGGCGACAAGGAGGACAAGGAGAACAUGCUCGCGCCUGGAUCGAAUGGUGCGUCGCAGAAGCAGCCAGCGAGCGGGCCCAAGAUUACCACCGUCGUCUUGUUCCCUUCUACGCAAGCACAAUUGUCUGACGUGUCGAUACUCGCUACUACGCCGGCUACGGACACCGCUGCUCUCAAGAGGAUGCAGGCCGCUGGACGCGGUGCAGGCAUGCCGCCCACUCCAUUGACUGCUGUGCCACCUACGCCGACCUUUUCCGCUGGGCCUAGUCCCAAGCGCCAGAAAAUGAUGAUCGACGACAGCAACGUGCACGAGUUCGAGGCCGAGUUGCUCAAUGCAACAUGCCCCAAGCUGUACCUGGAACCUACCAAGAGCUUCGCUGAAUCAGUCGCGUUGAUAGACGCUGUGACCCACCCCAACAAUAAGAACCCACCGCCAGAACGCAAGUCCCGCAAGAGGACGACUGCUGAGCUUGCAGCUGACGAGGCCGACGCACAGAACCUUCAAAGCUUCAUGCUUGCUGGUGAUGAGCAGCAGGCGACUCUCAACACUACCACUGCUGGUGGCGAUGAGGGUGCUGUACGCGCCGCAGCCAACACCAUGUCCUUUGCUCGAUUCAAAACCCUCGCGAGUAUCAAGGCCAACCACGAGGAAGCAGAUCGCCGCAAGAAGGAAGAAGACGCUCGUCAGGCGCAGGCCAAGAGGCAGGCGCAGAUGGAGUCCGAAGCGCAGAAACGGAGGGACAUGGAGGCCAACCGACAACAGGCCGAGGUUCAAGAGCAGCGACAGCAGCUGCUGGCACGUCAACAAGCACAGCAGCAGCAGAUGUUGCAGCAGAAUCAAAUGCAGCAGAACGAAGCCCUUCGAGUCGCACAGGCAGCGCAAAUGUCGAGCGCAGCCGCGGCUCAGAUCUCACAGACGCCCCAGUCUGCCACACAAAACCAGUUCUCGCCCAGUGUGCGUCAGAACACCCCCAUGGCAGCAGCAGCAGCAGCUUCUCCACGUGUUGGUGGGCAAGCAAGUCACGCCAUGGGCGGUACCUCCAUGGUCGCGACUGCUUCAAACCAUGCUAUCGCCAGCCCUGCUCGACCGCCUUCCUCUAUCUCGCAUCAUCCUAUGGCACGUACUGCUAGUCAGCAGCAGGGUUCGAUGAGCCGCACGAACACACCUCAGAUGAUGCAAGGCACGCCUGUCAUGAACUCUGCUAUGCCCAACCGAAAUAUGACGCCUACACCACGUAUGAACCAGGGCAGCCCCUCUCUGCAGGUACAGGGCGCGACGCCGAUCAUGAUGCAGAUACCUCAGUCCCAGAACAUGACCCCUGAGCAGAUGCAGGCUGUGCAAGCCCAACAAAACCAGCAGAGAAUGCAGCAGAUUCGACUGCAGCAGUUGCAGAACCAGCAGAUGAACAGUAUGUCUCCUGGUGGUCAAAACCUGCAACAGAUGGCAAUGCAGAAGGCGCAGAUGCACGUCCAGGCGCAAGGUAUACCCAAUGGCCAGAACCCACAGCUCUACCAGCAGCGACUUGCACAAGGCUACUUCCAGCAGCUGAAGCAAGCUCAGGCAGCGCAAGCGCAGCAGCAGAACACACAACACGCCAUGAACCAGAUGUCUCCCCAGGGUCCCCAGAACGCCAUGCCCAAUCAACAAGCUCCGAAUAAUAUGGCUAACAUGAACGUGGCACAGCUGCGAAAUCACUACCAGCAGCGCAAGCAACACUUGCUGACGACAUUUGGCAACCAAGUUCCGCAGCAACAUGUCCAGCAGAUGCACCAGCUCGAGCAGCUCAUCCGCAGCAAGGAACAAGCUCAAGUUCAGGCACAGCAACAGAUGGGUCAGAACCAGAUGCCCAUGAACCAGGGUAUGCAAGGCCAGAUGCCAGGCGGUCAAAACCCUAUGCAAAUGCAGCAGUACCAGCAAGCUCUUCUCCAGCAGCGUGCCCACCAACAGCGCAACGACCAGCUCAUGCGCAUGCGUCAACAGGCUAUGCAGCAGGGUGGUCAGAUGCCCCAAGGCAUGAUGAACAACAUGCAAGGCAUGAAUAUGGGCAAUAUGGGCCAAAUGAACAUGGGCAACAUGCAAGGCAUGAACAUGCAGAACAUGCAGGGUAUGCAAGGCAUGCAGGGCAUGAACAUAGGCCAGAUGAACCAGCAGCAAGUGCAGCAGAUGAUGAUGAUGCGCCAAGCGCAGCAACAACAGCAGCAGCGCAUGCAGCAACAGGGCGGAGGCGACAUGAACUGGAGCGGUGUGUAAAAGACACCACGUUCGUUACCGAAGCCGUCGCCUGAGCGGCAACUACCGCCAGAGCAAUCCUUUCGCAAAGAGCGCGAGGUCUCACCCAAUACCAUUGAGAACCUCCGAUGGAACAUCAAAGAAUGCUUCAAUCUCAAAAGACUGGGCCAGGGAUCUCAGAGAUAGCACUUCUCAUAUUGCGGUGAGAAGAUCGAGAGAUAUUUCCAGAAUCUGAACUGGGAACAACGAGCAGCCGGUGCGUCAUAAGCACCUAGUGUUGAUUAUUACCAUUGUUUCAAGGAUUUGCUGUUUGAAAGGCGUUUGUAUGGGUAUAAGAGGUGUUCUGGGUUGGGAAAAGUCUCCUCAAGAUACCCCUUUGAUCGAGAGAUCGAUAUAGGCUGCAUACUCGGCGUUUGGGCUGGGGACUAGCAUGUUGCUGGUGCAUAUGGACAUAUAUUAUUACGACUAUCGAUUAUCAAAUAUGGACAGGCU